AACCUCAAACAUGAUAAAAAUUGUAUUAAAAUGUUUUGAUACUCUUGACCGUAUGUUUGAGUGCGAUUUAUUUACAAACAUUGCUAGAAAAUUUCAGACUGGAAUCGUGGGAAGGAAUAAUAUAUCAUUAUCUUUCGAUCUAUUGUUUUCAUUAUAUGCAAUUUUUAUGUAUUGAAUUGUUUCUAAAUUUAAACGUUUAAAGUUUUUAUUUUCUUCAUAUUAUCUAAAAAUGUCUUUUACUUCUCCUGUUUGCUCGAAAUGUGAAAUAAAUAAAGCUAUUGUUAAACGUUCUAAAACAGGCCAUCCUGUCUGUAAAAGUUGUUUUUUUGAAGUUUUUGAAACUGAAGUGCAUGAAACUAUUACAAGAGGAAAAUUGUUCAAACGUGGAGAUUAUGUCGCCAUUGCUGCUUCUGGUGGUAAAGACUCAACAGUUUUGGCAUAUGUAAUGAAACUUUUGAACGAACGCUAUGAUUAUGGUUUGAAACUUGUCCUCUUAUCAAUUGAUGAAGGCAUUACAGGGUAUCGAGAUGAUUCUCUGGAGAAAGUGAAAGAAAAUGAGCAGGAAUAUGAAAUACCUUUAAAAAUUCUAUCAUAUGAGGAUCUCUAUGGAUGGACCAUGGAUAAAAUUGUGGAACAAGUAGGCUUGAAAAAUAAUUGUACAUUUUGUGGAGUUUUUAGAAGACAAGCUCUUGACAGAGGUGCUGCACUUUUGGGAGUAAACAAGUUAGUUACUGGGCAUAAUGCAGAUGAUAUUGCUGAAACAGUUUUAAUGAAUGUUUUAAGAGGUGAUGUUGCAAGGCUUCAGAGAUGCACCAAUAUCACAACAGAUGCUGAGGGAUUAAUACCUAGAUGUAAACCCUUUAAAUAUACUUAUGAGAAAGAGAUAGUUUUAUAUGCUAAACACAAACCCUUGAAUUAUUUCACAACUGAGUGCAUAUAUUCACCCAAUGCUUAUAGGGGGCAUUUUAGGCAAUACUUAAAAGAUUUAGAAAGAAUAUCCCCUCCAAUAAUUCUUGAUAUUCUUCAUUCUGGUGAAUGUAUGCGACUGAAAGAAGAAAUAAAAUUGCCAACUCAAGGUUUAUGUAAAAAAUGUGGAUACAUUUCAAGUCAAGCAGUGUGUAAAGCAUGUGUCAUGCUUGAAGGCUUAAAUACUGGAAUACCAGGGCUAGGUGUAAAAAAGAGCAGUAAAGUGAAAAAUAAGAUUAAUGAUAUUUCAUCUAAAUGUAAUUCAGGAGGAUGUGGAAGUUCCCAAUGCAGUUCCUAAUAUUUCUAAAUAAGGUCAAAGAGAAUUUCUUUAUUAAUUUGUAAAUAAUUACAAUGUAAAUAAAUAUUUUUAAUAAACAAUUCUUUUAUUUUAUUGAA